AUGGAUUCCUCAGGUCUCUUAUCAUCUCUUUUACCAGUGUCUUCGUUGAAUAAUAAGCCAUCGAAUGAUCAUAAUGACCCAUCCCCAUCACAACCACCUCCACCUCCACCACCUCCUGUGUCAUCCUCGCCACCAUCACCUAGCCAUAGCCAAGAACCAAUUGAUAGCCAAGCAAAUACAAGCACCACUCAAGCAUCAGAACACCCAUCCCCACAGCCAACGCAUUCCCCUACUAAUGAUAACAAGGAGGACAACAAUAAACCAGGGACGACGUUAGCACCGGAACCAACGCCUGAUACGAAACCAUCAAAAGACGAUCAAGGCAAACCCACGCCAACAGAUGAAUCAAAGCAUACACAACAUAAGACGGUGACGACUUCUAGCGCAUCAGCUGUUAUCCAAACGUCGACAAUGGAUGAUGGCAAAGUUCAUACGUACACGUUGACAUCUUUUGUGCCUUAUACGACCACUGUGCCAGAUGAUGGCGUAAGUUCAGGGAAUAAUAAUAGUAAUGACAAGCAUAGUAGUGCAACCCCUAUCAUUGCUGGCACUGUAGUUACCGCAGUUAUCGCUGCAUCCAUCGUUGGGCUCAUUGUCUUUUGCUGCAUGAAACGUAAACGAAAGCAACGGAUGCGACAAACCAUUACCGAAAGCUCUCUUUUGAAUACGCAUGAUUAUACGCCUACCGCCUCUGGUACUCCCACCUUGGACGCAAGUCCUCGACCUUUGGUUGCACCUCAUCACUCUUACUACAGUGCGGCAGCUUCAGCUCAUAAUCAGCAACCACAAUACGAAAUGGCUUAUGAUAAUAAUGGCUAUGAUGUUUAUAACAAUGGUGGUGGUGGCGGCGCAAUGUUGGUCUCUGACAGGCAUUUACCCAAUCAAGUUGACUAUCACAACAAUGAUUACUAUGGUGGACAUCAUCCAUAUCAACACACACAGCUGCCUCAUCAGCAGCACGUGCCCACUGAUGUGCCACAUACCAAAGAAUAUUAG